AUGUCUUACUUCGACUUUUUUUGUAAUAAUAUUGAAAAUAGUAAACCAGAUAACUCAGAAAAAAUCAAAGGAACUUGCUACUCCAUGUGUCCGCAAGCUGAAGUAACUUUACGCGAAAGAGAAAAGCUAGUUCACGUGUUGGAAGUGGUUGGCGACUCUCGAAAACUGGUAAAAUGCUACAGUCGGUCAGCGGCAGAUUCUAACAUGGCAGUACCGCAUUUAUUGCGCCCUUACAGUGUGCUAAAGGAUACUGUGCAAUAUUUAUUGCGUGAUGUAAUAAAACGCAAAGGUAUAUCUUCACUGGUGAUGUACGACUUCCUGAAUGACCGUCUGAGAGCUGUUCGACAAGAUAUAACUAUACAAAGGUUACCAGCAGCUGAAUGUGCCUGCCUCCUAGAACCUAUGGUCAGGUUUUAUGUGUAUUUUGGAUACAAGUUUAUCAAUCUCAAGCCUGGAGAUUUUGACCAAGUGCUCAAUAAGAAAUACCUUUUGGAAAGCCUGAAAUGGUUCCUGUACUGUUGUGAUGUCAUAGACCAAACAUCCAAAGUUGAAGAAGAUUCACUCAACAGUUUCAUGUCAAAACUAGACAUAAACAAACAAAGCCCAGUCUAUGACAGGGUAUUGAUGGAAAGUCUGUACAUUUUGUGCAAUUUGGAUGAUAUUCAUCCACUCUUGAGAUACAUAGGGCUCCCUAAAGAACUGAAAAGGAAUCCUACUUUAGAAUUAGCUUAUAAAACAGCAAUUGCUAACUGGAAUGGAAACUACAUGUUUGUAUGUAGUAUGAUUGAGAAACUAUGCCCACUGUCUUUCUGUGCAUUGAGCUCUUAUCUUCCAAGCAUACAAAGGCUUGGCCUGCGAGUGAUGAGCCAUGCCUACAGCAGUAAACAGCUCACGGUGCCCGCGUCAAUAGUGCGGCGCUGGCUGUAUUUCACCAGCGACCACGAAGCCUUGUCUGUCUGCAGACACUACGGCCUGAAGACCGAGGAGACCCGCGUGAGGUUCAACAAAAUGGACUUUAGGACUGAUGUGACUUUGCACCAACUGGAAAAGCAUUUACUUCACAAUGAGAAACUUAAUCUUCAUAACAUGGAAGAAAUCUUUAUCACUUGCCAAUAAGAUUUAAAUUUUUUAUAUUAAUAUAAUAAUUCAUAGUUGAUUAUUUUUAUUACCUAAUUAUGUGCAAUUCUGAUCUCAUUUGUGUUAAUUAAUGUUAGUGUAAUUAAGGUUCCUAAUUAAUAUAAUUUUAUAUUGAAAUAAAAAAACGAAUUUAUA